CGCAUUGAUUCAGCCAUGGCCGGACUGCUCAACUAUUAUCUCUGCUUCUACAAUCUCUUUCAGGCAUUCGGAUGGUCGCUAUCUCUGUUGAGGAUUUUGAGCGAUUUCUUCUCAACUAAGUCCGUUAAUGGCGCGUAUUCGUCUUCAGGAGGAAUCAUUUGCUUUGUGCAAUCUCUGGCUUUCAUGGAAGUGAUUCACGGAGCCACGGGAAUUGUUUCGAGUGGUGCACUGCUUCCAUUUUUGCAAUGGAGUGGAAGGACUCAUUAUGUGCUUGCUAUUGUUCGUGGUAUUCCUGAGAUACAGCAAUCACCAUCGGUCUUCAUAACCUUCCUAUCUUGGAGCUUAUCUGAGAUAAUAAGGUAUUCGUUUUAUGCGCUGAAUUGUAUGGGAACUUCACCAAAAUGGAUCACAUUUAUCAGGUACAAUGCAUUCAUUGUUCUCUACCCUAUAGGACUUUCGGGCGAAAUGUGGCUCAUGUACAAAGCAUUACCAAUCGUAAAGGAUCGAAAUCUCUACACAAAUAUGCUCCCUUUCAGCUAUUACAACUUCCUCGCGGCUUUGCUUUUUUGCUAUCCCUUUUUGUGGAUGAAACUUUACCUCUAUUUGUUCAAGCAACGAGCAACAAAACUUGGUAAACAACGAAAGAAGAAGUCGACAUAAGGUUCAUCGCUCUUGAAGUUCGCCGGAUGCCAUCUUGAGAUAAGAUUAUUUCUUCAUGUUCGUUCCACGCGCCUUCGCUUUAGUUACUCGUAAGUUUUUCUUUCGGGUUCAUGCAUCGACGUUUGUUUUUCAUGUUUGAUGUUGUAUUGGUUAUGUGAGGUACAAACUAUUUUGAGUUUGUUUAGUUGUGUUUUAGAAAUAUUCGGAAUUAUUUGAAGAAUAGUAAACAUUUAAAUGGAA